AUGAAUACGUCAGUGGUUAUUCCUGAGCCAGGAACUCUAGAAGCAGAAUGUCCAGGAGGCGUUAGUUGGGCUUUCUAUAUAUUAGGCGAGUGUAUUCGAAGUCCCAGGGAUAAAGUUUCUAUAGCUUUUGGCAUUCUGGCCAUUUGCGCCUGGCUUCUUUUCGCCCUUCCACAAAUUAUUGAAAACUAUAAGAAAAAGAUCCCAGAUGCCGCUGUAUCAGAGUUUCUACUUAUCUUUUGGAUUCUCGGAGAUUCUCUUAACUUCAUCGGUGCAUUAAUGGCAAACCAACUUUUCUUCCAAAAAGCCCUGGCUGUAUAUACGGUAGUAGUUGACUUCAUCCUUACCGGCCAAUUUUACUACUACCGAUGGAUUCACAGGCGAAAUUUAAAACGUGAAAUCCAGAUUGCUGAAUCGAAUGGCGAGCCAGAACCUGUAGGUGGAAAGGUAUUAGCUGGUGUAAUGUUAGGCUGUGUAGCACUUUGUGCUGUGCCAUUUGCUCUCCCUGUUUCUCAAACUUCAGGUAUGACUGUUGCUGGUGCUUCGUCAUACGCUUCAAGGAGGCUUUUUGAAUCCACCGCGGAAAAUCCGUUUGCAAAUUUCUUAAAAACUACCGAAGAAAAAGUCGGAUACGCUUUUGGUUGGAUUAGUACCAUAAUGUAUGCUCUAGGCCGUAUGCAUCAAAUAUAUGUCAACUGGAGACGAAAGAGUACUGACGGUCUGAGCUUCUAUCUAUUCUUUCUGGCUGUUCUCGGCAACACCUUCUACUCCUGCCAAAUAUUCAUUAAAUCCACUAGUCUAUUGCAUUUAGUAAAUUCCAUGCCUUGGAUUCUUGGAAGCAUUGGCAUUCUAGUGUUCGAUGCCUUCAUCCUUAUCCAAUUCUUUAUAUAUCGUGGACGCAUCGCUGUGAAUGAUCCGGAGAAUAUGUGCCAGGAUUCUGAUGUUGAAACUCCAAGCAAUGAGAAAUGA